AUGGUCAUGGCAACAACCUCCAACUCCACCAACACAAACAACUCAACUCCAAAAUUCAAGUCGUUUGGAUCAUCAGAGAAGUGUGCAGUGUGCACCAAGACAGUGUUUGCCACUGAGCGUUUGGCAUCAGAUGAGCGUGUGUUCCACAAGGCCUGUUUCAGAUGCACAGUGUGCAACAAUGUCUUGAAGCUCGGAAACUAUGCCUCCAUGCAAUCAAAGUCCUACUGCAAGCCAUGUUUCAAGAAGCUGUUCUUCACCAAGGGCAACUACAGCGAGGGUUUCGGUCAGUUGAAGCCACAGCACCAGCACGACAUGAAGAAGGGAACUCCCACCGUCACAGUGGUCACUCCACCACCACCCCCAGUCAACGCCAGCGCACCAGUCGAGGUGCCAGUCGUUCGUCACACACCAGCUCCAGUUCGCGAGGUUGAGGAGCCAGUCAAGCCAGUCGUCGUGGUCGAGACUCCAAAGCCAGUAGAGCAACCAAAGCCAGUUGUUGCCUCGACUCCAGCACCAAAGCCAGUUGUCGCUUCAACCCCAGCACCAAAGCCAGUGGUCGCUUCCACUCCAGCACCAAAGCCAGUUGUUGCCUCAACCCCAGCACCAAAGCCAGUUGUUUCAUCGACACCAGCACCAAAGCCAGUGGCCACAACCUCGCAACCACCAAAGUCAUUCGCCAGACCAACCACAACCUCUGGAGUCUCACCAGACAGACCAUCCACCACCACCACACCAAAGACACCAGUCAGCAGCUCUGCAUCACCAGCCACCUCUUCACCAAAGAUUGUCAACUUCCAAGCCUUCCGCGACUUCACCAAGCCAUCAACCACCUCCAAGCCAUUCGUUAUCAGAACAGCAAAGGGAAAUGUAUUCGUACCAAUCAACAACCCACCAGCUCCAGAGAAGAAGCCAUUGGAGCCAAUCUCUCUUGAGGAGCCAGUUGUUGUGAAGAAGGCUGCUCCAGCCCCCACUCCAGCCCCAACUCCAGCUCCAGCUCCAGUCGUUGUCGCUGAGCCAGAGCCAGUUGUCGUUGCAGAGCCAGAGCCAGUUGUUGUCGCUGAACCAGAGCCAGUGGUUGUCCCUGAGCCAGAGCCAGUCGUCGUUGCUGAGCCCGAGCCAGUUGUUGAGGCCACCCCAGAGCCAGUAGCCGUCGAGGAGCCAGCCGUUGUUGAGGAGCCAGCUGUCGUUGAGGAGGAGCCAAUCUCUUUUGCCGUCGAUUCCACCCCAGAGCCAGUCGCCACCGCCUAA